AUGUAUAAUGACUUAGAAAGAUUCAUCAUAUUCACCGAAAGAGAAGGAUUUGAUAAAGAUCAAAUAUUUUAUAGCGAAUUAUACCCAGAUAGUUUCUUUGGAAAUUCAUUACUUGAAUUAUGCUGCUACUAUGGAGCUGUUGACUGUUUCAAGUUAUUAAGAACGAAAUUUAACCCAGAAAUAACUUAUAAAUGCCUACGAUUUUCGUUUUUAAGAGGAAACAAAGAGAUUAUGAGUGAAUGUUUGAAAUAUCGAAAGCCGGAUAUAUAUUGCAUGAAAUAUGCAAUUAUUUCACACAACAUUGAUUUUGUUACAUUCUUGAUGAAUGAAUACAAUCUUAAAAUCGACUUAGAAAAAUGCACAGAUUUUAAAAAUCUUGAAUCAUUUUUAGUUUAUUUUGGUCAAACUAAUGAUAUUUACGAAAGUUUUGUUUAUUCAUCGAUGUUUAAUAUUCCAUCCCUUUGCGAAUAUUUCCUUUCACUUGAUAUUGAUAUCAAUGCAAAAAAUCAAAAACGAAAAACAGCUAUCUAUUGUGCAGUAUGUAGUAAUAGUAUAGAAACAGCCAAAUUUCUUAUUUCGCAUGGUGUAAAUAUUAAUGAAAAGGAUGAAGAUGGUAAAACUAUUCUUCAUUAUGCAACAAAAAAGAAUUAUAAAGGAAUCUGUGAAUUUCUUAUUUCACAUGGUGCAAAUAUCAACGAAAAAGAUGAAUAUGGGAAAACUGCUCUUCAUUUAGCCGUAUUUAAUAAUAACAAAGAAAUAUCCGAACUUCUUAUAUCGCAUGGUGGAAACAUUAAUGAAAAAGAUUAUGGUGGGGAAACCUCUUGA